CCCCCCCCCCCCCCGGUCCGCCGCAGCCCAGCCGGGGAUGCGGGCAGGAUGCCGCCCGCCGGGGCCGCCGCGCUGGCCUGGGCGCUGCUGUGGGCGCUCGCCCCGCCGCCAGCCCUGCCCGAGCCCCAGCAGCGCCGGCGGGUGCAGGAGAAGGAGGCCACCUUCGACAGGACCUACUCGGACUGGGUGGACGGCGACCUGCUCAACAUCUACGCCUUCAACCACACCGUGCUGCGCAACAGGACAGAGGGAGUCCGGGUGUCGGUGAACGUCCUGUCCGACCACAAGGACCUGCCCGUGCUCUUCGUGGUGAGGCAGAAGGAGGCGGUGGUCUCGUUCCAGGUGCCGCUCAUCCUACGGGGCCUGUACCAGAGGAAGUACGCGUACCAGGAGGUGAGCCGCACGCUGUGCCAGCCGCAGACCAAGGCGGAGGUGGAGACCCAGCACUUCUACGUGGACGUCUCCACGCUGUCCCUCAACGCCUCCUACCAGCUGCGCGUCACCCGCGUGGAGAACUUCGUGCUGCGGACGAACGAAGCCUUCAGCUUCAAUGCCACGGCAUCGCAGCCGCAGUACUUCAAGUACGAGUUCCCCGAGGGAGUGGACUCGGUGAUUGUGAAGGUGACCUCGGCCAUGGCUUUCCCCUGCUCCGUCAUCUCCAUCCAGGACAUCCUGUGCCCCGUCUACGACCUGGACAACAACGUGGCCUUCAUCGGCAUGUACCAGACCAUGACCAAGAAGGCAGCCAUCACGGUGCAGAAGAAGGAUUUCCCCAGCAACAGCUUCUACGUGGUGGUGGUGGUGAAGACCGAGGACGAGGCGUGCGGGGGGGCUCUGCCCUACUACCCCCUCUCCAAACACACCUCCCCAGAUGAGCCCGUGGAUCAACACAACCGGCAGAAGAUGCUGGAGGUGAUGGUGUCCCCUGCCAUAACCUCGGAGGCGUACGUGAGCAGCAUGCUCUUCUGCCUGGGCAUCUUCCUCUCCUUCUAUGUCCUCACGCUGCUCAUCGCCUGCUGGGAGAGCUGCCGGCAGCAGAGGAGGAAGGGGCUCCUGGCAGCCAUGGACUCGCCCAGCCUGGACACGGCAUCUUUACUGGGGCACUCCCACAGCAUCCCCGACUCCUUCCUGGGGCACGUCCCCUACGACACCUACGGUUACGGCUCCUUCGAGAACGGCUCCUCCGGCAGCACCGAGGCCGCCUCGGGCAGCAUGGGCUCUACAGAGGUCCCCUACGGAUACGUGGGGCAGGACCAGUUCAAGCGGCGCAUCCCCUCCGCCCCGAUGAGGCAGCUGUGCAUUGCUAUGGGGGAGCGGUCGCUGGAGAACGUGGCCGGCCGGCCCCGCCUGGACUCGCUCAGCUCGGUCGAGGAGGACGACUACGACACGCUGGCCGACAUCGACUACGACAAGAACGUCAUCCGCACCAAGCAAUACCUCUGCGUGGCCGACCUGGCCCGCAAGGACAAGCGGGUGCUGCGGAAGAAAUACCAGAUCUACUUCUGGAACAUCGCCACCAUCGCCGUCUUCUAUGCCCUCCCCGUCAUCCAGCUCGUCAUCACCUACCAGACGGUGGUGAACGUCACCGGCAACCAGGACAUCUGCUACUACAACUUUCUGUGCGCCCACCCGCUGGGGAACCUCAGCGCCUUCAACAACAUCCUCAGCAACCUGGGCUACGUCCUGCUGGGCUUGCUCUUCCUGCUCAUCAUCCUGCAGCGGGAGAUCAACUACAACCGGGCGCUCAUGCGCAACGACACGCACGCCCUGGAGUGCGGCAUCCCCAAGCACUUUGGGCUCUUCUACGCCAUGGGCACGGCCCUGAUGAUGGAGGGGCUGCUCAGCGCCUGCUACCACGUCUGCCCCAACUACACCAAUUUCCAGUUCGACACCUCCUUCAUGUACAUGAUCGCCGGGCUCUGCAUGCUGAAGCUGUACCAGAAGCGGCACCCCGACAUCAACGCCAGCGCCUACAGCGCCUACGCCUGCCUGGCCGUCGUCAUCUUCUUCUCCGUCGUCGGCGUCGUCUUCGGCAAAGGGAACAUGGCCUUCUGGAUCGUCUUCUCCGUCAUCCACAUCGUGGCCACCCUCCUGCUCAGCACCCAGCUCUACUACAUGGGGCGCUGGAAGCUCGACUCGGGCAUCCUGCGCAGGAUCCUGCACGUGCUGUACACGGACUGCGUCCGGCAGUGCAGCGGGCCCAUGUACGUGGACCGAAUGGUGCUCUUGGUCAUGGGAAACAUCAUCAACUGGUCGCUCGCUGCCUACGGCCUCAUUGUCCACCCCAAUGACUUUGCUUCCUACCUGCUGGCCAUCGGCAUCUGCAACCUGCUCCUCUACUUCGCCUUCUACAUCAUCAUGAAGCUCCGCAGCGGCGAACGCAUCAAGCUCAUCCCCUUGCUCUGCAUUAUCGGCACCUCCGUGGUCUGGGGCUUCGCCCUCUUCUUCUUCUUCCAGGGGCUCAGCACCUGGCAGAAAACGCCGGCCGAGUCUCGGGAGCACAACCGCGACUGCAUCCUGCUCGACUUCUUCGACGACCACGACAUCUGGCACUUCCUCUCCUCCAUCGCCAUGUUCGGCUCCUUCCUGGUGCUGCUGACGCUGGACGAUGACUUGGACUGCGUCCAGCGGGACAAGAUCUACGUCUUCUAGGGGCCCGGCAGCAGAGGGGCCGCUGCUCCGCGGUGUCGCCGCCCGGGGCUGUGCCAAAAGCCCGGCCGGAGCCCCCCGGGGAGGCAUGCCCGUGCUGGGGGUCCGCCAGCCUCUCCGUCCCCUCCCCGCCGUGCCUCCUCCUCACUGUGCUGGGUCCCCAGCGGGUGCCUGUGGCCCCCCCCCCCGGCCUGCCCAGCACGUGUCUUAGCCGAAAGUGGGGCUGGGGACCCCCUUUGGUGGCCUGGCCCUUCUCUUGCACCGGGGGCUGCGUGGCCGCGUGUUGUCCCCCGUGGCGCCCGUCCGUGGUGACAAGUGACACUGGAAAAGGUGCUGCUGCUGCUGCUGCUGGGACGCGCGGCCCCAUACGCACACGGGUGCGGGACCUUCAGUGCCUACUGCCAGUUUUGGGGAGCGGAGCGCGGCGGCGAUGCCUUCGCACCCCGGUGCCGGGGUGGCCAGCGGGGCCGCAUCCUGCCGAGCCCCUCGCCGAGGCUGCCGGCCGGUUUUCUCCUCCCGUCCGCUGCUCCUGCAGCCGGCUGCGCGGGUGUGCUCCGGGCGGCCGUGCCGGGAAGCGGCUCCCAUUAAAGUGUCUGCACUUUA